CGGCCCGCCCCCGCUGUGCCCCGCCCCCUCGCCUGGGAGAAAUGGAUCGAUCCACACAGGAGCUCUUUCUGAACUUCAUGAUAGUGCUGAUCACAGUCCUGCUCAUGUGGCUGCUCGUCAGGUCCUAUCAGGAGGCGUGAAGCGCCCGGUCC